AUGGAUAAAUCAGAGUACAACAGUGAUGAUGCGCAACUGGCCCAGAUGGGCCAUAAGUCUGAGUUGAAGCGGAAUUUCUCAUUAAUAUCUAUGCUGGGUCUUGCUUUUGCCAUUCUAAAUUCAUGGACCGCUUUAUCCGCAAGUUUAUCGCUCAGUUUACCCUCGGGAGGCAGUGCUAGUGUCGUUUGGGGUCUCGUUACUGCCGGUAUCUGUAAUUUAUGCAUGGCCACCUCUCUGGCCGAGUUUCUUUCCGCCUAUCCCACCGCCGGAGGCCAGUAUCAUUGGGUCGCUGUGACUUCCUGGAAAAGUUGCAUGCCAAUUCUGUCCUGGAUCACCGGCUGGGUGAACUGCUCUGGCUGGGUUGCGCUGGUCGCAACCGGUGGUCUCUUGGGUAGUGAGCUCAUCCUGGGUGUCAUCUCUCUUAUGAACCCGAAUUAUACCUCCGAGCGCUGGCACCAAUUCCUGAUCUAUCUCGGAUACAACAUCGUUGCCUUUCUGAUCAAUGCGUUCCUUAAUAACGUCUUGCCUUAUGUUACCAAGGGUGCCUUCACCUGGUCUCUGACUGGAUUUGCCGUCAUUUGUAUCACCGUCCUUGCAUGUGCUUCGCCCGAUUAUAACUCAGCGGAAUUUGUCUUCACCGAUUUCAUCAACAGAACAGGAUGGCCUGAUGGCGUUGCGUGGUUGCUCGGGCUUCUACAAGGAGGCCUCGGUGUCACUGGCUUUGAUGGUGUUGCCCACAUGAUUGAAGAAAUCCCCAACCCUUCUAUUGAGGGACCCAAGAUUAUGAUUGCUUGUGUUGUUAUUGGUACUGUCACUGGCACGAUCUUCCUUGUUGUCCUGCUCUUUGUGGCUGGCGAUAUCAACAAAAUCAUUGAUUCUGCAGCAACUCCACUCCUUGCAAUUUUGAAGAAUGCCACCUCAAGCAAUGCGGGAGCUAUCUGUCUCCUGAUCUUCCCACUCGUCUGUGUCCUCUUCGCAGCAACCGCUAUCAUGACCACCAGCAGUCGUAUGAUCUAUGCCUUCGCGCGUGAUGGCGGUCUCCCCGCUUCUCCUUUCUUCUCUCGUGUUCACCCUAAGCUCCAAGUUCCCCUUAAUUCUCUAUACCUGAACCUGGCUCUUGUGACUAUCUUCGGAUGUAUCUUCUUGGGCUCAUCCAGCGCCUUCAACGCUAUUGUCUCGGCAUCCGUAGUCCUGCUUGAUAUCUCAUAUGGAAUGCCAAUCGCAGUGAACUGCGCCCGAGGACGGAAAAUGCUGCCCGAACGCUCUUUCAACUUGCCAGAAUGGUUCGGUUGGACCAUCAACCUUAUCUCAUUGGCAUAUAUCUCCCUGACUACCAUCCUCUUCCUCUUCCCCCCUGAGUUGCCAGCUACUGGUAGCAGCAUGAUGCUAAAGAAUAAGGCUAAUGUGUCGGCUAUGACAGACUAUUGUGUUGCAGCAUUUGGCAUCGUCUUUGUCAUUUCCACCUUCCAGUGGAUUGUGGACGGACGCAAGAAUUUCGUCGGUCCCCGUAUCGAAGUUGAAGUCUUCAACGGAGAGGCUGGUCCUCAACAUGAACAGCCUAUUCCAUUCGUUGAACAGCAUAAGAAAUAG